CUUCAAUGGUCAGUGAAGUCCUUACGCUCUCGGCUACCUCGUUUUGAUAGUCAGAUCUCAUCCUUUGGCAACAAGGAUGAUACAUGGAGACUAGAUGGCUAGUCACCCGGAAGCCUUCGACUUGACGAUAGUCCCCUAUGGGACAACGGUUCGUCGAGCCCACAAGAAGUCCCGUACGGGCUGCUAUACAUGCAAAGUCCGCCAUGUCAAAUGCGGAGAGGAAAGGCCUCGAUGUGACAACUGUGUCGCGAAGGGAAAGGACUGUCAAUAUCCACCAGAGAUCAACCGAAGGAUCAGGAAGCCAGCGAAGACUCCCGGCGUCAGUCAUUCAUCGCCAGAGCCAACCAUCGAGAUGUCCAUGACCUCCGCAUCUUUCACUCUGCACGAUCUACGGCUGUUCCACCACUUCCUCUGCUUCGCAUACCCGCCACUGCCGCUGGCUAAUAAGCAAGCUUGGACGCUGGACGUGCCUCAACUGAGUCAUCAUUCGGAGCCUCUGAUGAAUGCUUUAUUGGCUCUGGCAGCUGCACAUUUGAACACGUUGACCGCCGGAGAUGAUGACAAGUGCACUGCGUUAUUGCACAAGGGCCGUGCCAUAUCCGGUCUGAAGAAUGCAUUCGCCAAAUCCCACCACUCGUCAAUCGAGUUUGAUGUGAUGCUGGCAACCUGCUACGCCUUGGCCUUUCAGUCCGCUCUUCUCCCUGGCUCAGCUGACGACUUUGCAAUCUUCGUCCGAGGUUGCGCUCUUGUUACGCGACGUAUCCGAGAUGAGGGAAAGCAGUCGGUCUUCAAUAUUGCAUUCGACUCAAGUCUCCCUCCGGCACAACGCGCAUCCUCGUCCAAACUCAACGCCGAAGGUCUGAUUCCUGGCUCUUGUUUCCAAGUGUUGCUAUCAAAAGGCAUGGCAUCGCUUCUUGCUGCUCACCAGUGUAUCGCACACGCAGGGACCGGGCAACAUCUCUUUAGAGCUCUCGAGUCGACGUUUUCCGGGCUUCAAGUGUCUCCGUGUCAAGGAUAUGACCAGUUUCUCAGCUGCUACGCUGUUUGGUUCAAGCUGGGGGAACCCAAAGACGUGUUCUCGCCGGACGCAGUCAAGGAAGCGGCAUUUUUACUCUGGGCCUUCUUCAUCGGCCUCCAGCUACUGCUCACGAUGUUCGUGGUAGAAGUAACCGGGCCUACAAAGCACAGAGACCUUGAAGCAGGGCUCGAUUAUUCGGAUGGUGCUGCAAAGAUGAUCAGCAUGGCUGAAUGGCUUUGCGCCAUCGAAGCCAUUACGCCUGCCUACCUGCGGCGACACCUGACUUGGCCGGCACUUGUCUCUGGCGAGGUACUCGCUGGACUGAACAUGACGACGGUAUCGAAGGCUCUAGUCGAAUCGAAGACAGAAGUGCUUCGCAACCUGGGUUCACGCUCUCACAAUGCAUUGGGAACCCUUCUGGAACUGUCUGCGAGUCUAGCCAACUGGACUGAAGACCUCCUGACAUCACGAAGUGGCGACGAAGAGAACAGCGGUGAAAAGGAAGGGCGGCGGGGAGCACCGUCGCAGAUGGCCUUUGGGAUUCUGGGCCCAACAGUGCAGGACAGACCGAUCGACAAAAGAAACCCUGGCAUGGUAGCUACAAGUACACCAUUCAAAACUUCUGCCCCCACCGAUAUCUAGGGAACCGGUGACCAAUGCAAAUCAAUGGGCUGAGACACAGGCGCAGCUAUUCCUGACGAAGGAAGUGGCAAUCCAGAUACAGUAGCUGGUCAGGAAUCGACACUCUCGGGGUCUGGACCUGAACGGCAACCAGCAUGAGAGUCUGGGCUCGAUCUCCUGAUGUUAUCCAACACUCUUUCUUCCACGUGCCCUCAAAUUCAGCCCUGAUCCUUAUCACGCGCAAGAGGCAAGAGCUGGUGCAGGAUCUACAAGUAGGCCAAGCUACCGAGAAAUGAACCCGACACAACCCAGUUCCUCGCUUCGUCGAGGGUGUUCGGGCGGUACCCCGAGUCCAAUCGACCAGAGUCCGGGCACCACUCGGGACAAGAUUGCCUAGCCUGGGACAAGUCUUGAUCAUCCAAGAAAUUGAAUGCAAGGAAUGCAGAUCAGGAGAGCCAUCUUGGUGGCCAGAAGCUCUAGAGGGCAGAAGGCAACUGGCGGCAUUUUUGUCGCCCGCACAGCUGGCUCCACCUGGUUGGCAAGACGGGAACUGAGAGGCGAAUACUGCUUGGAAAGUUGAUCAGUGGGAAUGCCGCGCAAGCGUCUUACUUGUGAGCGUCAAGCAAGGCCGAAGUAUCCCCCAACAUGUGAAGACCAGCAUCAAGAUGAUGGCUUUGGAGCUGGCAUCGACGGACAGGCCGUGUGGCGAAUCACCAUUCCAAAUCGCCCAAAGAAUCACGGUCUCUGUGGAGUCGUCGUUACGGUGCUCAGUCAACCAUUGAGACAACUGGAGCCGGAUUGAACUUUGGCGUGAUGGGUUUUCUGUACUGUUGUACCGAGAUGAGGAGACAAUUGGUAUGAUUGCGGAAGCGACGUGAAAUCGAGCACCCGCAGAUCCCUGGCUCGAAAUUCGCACAGACAGUGGCCCGAAACAUAGCCAACAGAUAUUCGAACCUGGAAUCGCAACGGCCAGGUCAACGCCGCAGCUGCAAUCGUUAAAUUCCCUUCCUCCGGUAGCGUGUCUAGGAAGCGCAUCGACGGGUGUUUACCGGCGAAGGUUUCAAAACGACUCUGUGCGAUGGACUUUCCACACUACCGUUCAGGGUCAGAAUCAACCUCUUGAGACAGAUGCUAGGGAGCCAAAAGAAGAGGGGUCACAUCAUUAUCACGCAAGGCUGAGGUGGAAGACACCAAUCUUGUUGUGCCAGUGGCUCUUGGAUGGUUUGACAGAAACACCAAGUCUGCAUCCGAGGAUCAGCCAGUGCCAAGUUGUGAUCCCGAGGACACUGCAAUUGAACAGUACUCAUUCAAAUUGGAGCCGGGGGUCCUGUAGUCAUCAUAACAGGGAGGAAGUCUAUAGGGAGCAGCUAGCCGAAGGAAUGGUCCGUCCAUCGUCCGUGUAACGAGAGAUCAGCAAACGCAGUGGCCCGAAGUUCAACCUUGCAUAGGUGCAAGGAGAAGAAGAGCUUGCAGGAGCUGUGGUUGUUGACAUGGCAUGGACAAAAGUGGAAAACACGGAAAAGCCACCAGAGCCUCGGUGCUAUAAUCAACGACAACCACAGCAUACACUAGCCGCCACGCGCAAGACCUUGGGCCACGGCACCGUUCGUGUUAGCCCGAUGGUUCUCUGGAGACCAUUGGUGGUCAGGAGGGUGAGAGUGUUGGUGCUAGGCAUGGCAUGGCUCUCAAGACUCCACCGCUUAAUGUUCGGGAGGACGACGA